ACCCGGCGUUUAAGGCAUAAUGGGCACCGUCAGACCAUUGCGGCCGAAUGGCUCUGGUUCGCGCCAACUCUUGCUACGCCGGUGAGGGGCACCCAGGUCUUGGGCUGACCGCGCAGUCCUCCUCUGACCCACUCCGCCCCAUGUGGCAAUCAGUGCUGCCGGGGGUGCCUGAAAAGGGGGCGACUCUGAGUGCUGCUGCUGGCGUUGGCGGUGGCGGUGGUGGUGGUGCUGGUGGUGGUGGUGGCGGUGGUGGUGGUGCUGGUGGUGGUGGUGGCGGUGGUGGUGGUGCUGGUGGUGGUGGUGGCGGUGGUGGUGGUGCUGGCGUUGGCGGUGGCGGUGCUGGUGGUGCUGGUGGUGGUGGUGGUGGUGCUGGUGGUGCUGGUGGUGGUGGUGGUGGUGGUGGCGGUGGUGCUGGUGCUGGCCGAGAAGUGAUGGUGGUGGUGGUGAGAGGUGGUGAUGGUGCUGGUGAGAAGUGGUGGUGGUGGUGGGAAGUGGUGGUGGCAUUUGGACUGGUGUACUACAGCAUGGCAUACCAUGCCACAUUCCCACAUUCCAUGUGGUAUGCCAUGCUGUGACAUGCCUCCACAUCGUAUGCCAUGGCCCGUCACCGUUUCAGCCAGCUCCACACCCCACCUCUCUCCAGCGUGUAUCCAUGAACCUCCAUGGUGUGGUAUACCAUGCUGUAGCAUACCAUGGGGAAUGGUAUGGCGUAGUGUGGUAUGCCAUGAUGUGGCAUGUCAUUUUCUGGUAUGGAGUGAUGCAAUAUGGCAUGCUGUGGUAUGCCAUGGUGUGGUGUGCCUUGUGCAAUGGUGUGGCAUGGUAUGGCAUGGCAUGGUGUUACUGGCAGGCGGGCAAUCACUGGCGGCGUGCAACAAGAUGGGAGGAAGCAAGGAAGACUGUGCAACCAGUUUUUGUUGAUUGACGUGGAAUAUUUGAUAGUUCGAUGUAGCUUGUAAGCUUUGCAGCACUUGAGUGGCCUGCAUCAUCUCCUGUAUCCACCAAUUUGGUUAGCAACCUCAAUAAUGAAACGCCAGAGAA